AUGUCUUUGAAGAGGUCACAUCCUGAAGAGGAAGAUGUAGAACAAUCAGGUAAUGAGUAUGGUGGGAUAGACGUUUUUGGGGCUUUAAACGAGUACAGAAAGAUGCAGUUAGAGUUAGCUAAAGAUAGAGCAAAAGCUAUCAAAGAUGGAGACAUCGGUACGGUAGUUGAUAGAUUAGAGCAAGUUGAUAAGUUAUUUGACGUAGUAAAAGGAAAAUCUGACAAUGUUUUGCUUGCUUCCGACGCCAAAACGUUGGUUUCGAUUAAUGAAUUGGCAGAAAUGAACGUUAGAAAUUUAAAGUUAGGUGAAAAUAAAUCAACUCUUGCUAUAGAUGAUAUGAUGGGUUAUUUGAAGAAGUUUCUCCUGAAAGAGUAUUUCGAUCUUAAUCAAAUAACUCUGGCAGAUACACAAGGGAGUCUUGAAGAUAGCAAUGAAGAUGGGAAUGAAAAUGAAAAAGAAGAUGGAGACAGUAGGCGACAGGAUGUGGCUACCGCUAUUGGGGAAAGGUUCAAAGAGAGUACAAUACGGAAGAAUUACUUGUCUCAAUUUCAAAGGUACGACGAAUUUCCUCAAUUUAAUUGGUUUAGAUUGGGAACAUUGUACACUAACGUAAGUAAAUCAAUCUCUGCGACAGAUCAUCUACUGGGACCAUUUUCGUUGGAAAAGAAAGUAAGAACUAUCAAUAAAAAGCCAAGGGUUAUAGAAAAUAUAGGAGAGAUGACGAGAGCUGAAAAGGUGACACGCAACGAUUUAAAUCAAGAUCAGAAUGUAACAACACCAGAACAAGUGAAAAAAUGUUUCAAGCAACUUAAUAAGAAAAUAGGUGUGGACGGUAGAAUAUCCUUAUUUGAAUUCAUAAUAAAUCCGACAUCAUUUGCGAAAUCUGUGGAAAAUUUGUUUUAUACAAGUUUCUUAAUAAAAGAAAAUAGAAUAAUGUUAGAACCCGAUGAAGAACAAGGUGUACCGUAUAUUAGAAUCAGACCUGUGGAUAAAGCAAAGAAAGUGAACAAUUCGAAUCAAAAUCAUAUCAUCUUCCAAUUAGAUAUGCCAACAUGGGAAAAAUUGAAACUAAAAUUUAAUAUUACAAAAAGCUUUCUAGAAUAA